GGCCCACUUUCGAAAAGGCCCGCAUCAGCUAGGGCUAACCAUUAUCUUUAACCGAAUAUAAACGUUUAUCCUCCCCGUAGGGUUUUAGUGGAGAACUCAGUUCAGAGCUGCGUCACGACAGAGCUCACCAGGGCGGAGGCUGAAGACCUAGGGCGGCUGCGGCGACAACCAGUUCAACACCACCAAUAUGGCUAGAGGUUUGAAGAAGCACUUAAAGAGGCUCAAUGCCCCAAAGAAUUGGAUGCUUGACAAGCUUGGAGGUGCAUUCGCUCCAAAGCCCUCUUCUGGUCCCCACAAGUCAAGGGAGUGCCUGCCUUUAGUGCUCAUCAUUAGGAACAGGCUCCACUAUGCUCUUACCUACCGUGAGGUUAUUUCCAUUUUGAUGCAACGUCAUGUUAUGGUUGAUGGCAAGGUCAGGACUGAUAAAACUUACCCUGCUGGUUUUAUGGAUGUUAUUUCGAUUCCCAAAACCAAUGAGAACUUCCGCCUGCUGUAUGAUACUAAAGGGCGGUUCCGUCUUCAUUCAAUCAGGGAUGAAGAGGCUAAGUUCAAGCUUUGCAAGGUCCGCUCUGUUCAAUUUGGGAAAAAGGGCAUUCCAUACAUCAACACCUAUGAUGGUCGGACCAUUCGCUACCCUGACCCUCUUAUCAAGGCCAACGACACCAUUAAAUUUGACUUGGAGGGAAACAAGAUUGUCGACUUCAUCAAGUUCGAUGUUGGGAAUGUAGUUAUGGUGACUGGUGGAAGAAACAGGGGACGUGUCGGAGUCAUUAAGAGCAGGGAGAAGCAUAAGGGUAGUUUUGAGACCAUUCACAUCCAGGAUGCCCUUGGUCAUGAGUUUGCCACCCGUUUGGGAAAUGUCUUCACCAUUGGCAAGGGUGCCAAGCCUUGGGUGUCUCUACCCAAGGGAAAAGGUAUCAAGUUGACCAUCAUAGAAGAAGCCAAGAAGAGGCAAGCUCAGUCUGCAGCCACUGCUUGAAAAGUGCUACAGAUAAUGGUGUUGGUCUAUUGAUUAGUAUUUCGUUUGAAGGUUUUGGUAACUUAAGACACUGUUUUUUUAUCUUAUCUUGUGAAACGUAUUCUAUUUGCUUUUAGCAACACUUUUUGGCACCUGAAUUUGAGCUGUUUUCUUAUUGGCAUUUUAUUUAAUCUGAUGUCUUGUCCUCUCUUAAAUAAAAUCUUUUUUGGAAAAAAGAUUUGACAUAAUUAAACAAGUUUAGUGUUAC